UUAGUAAACACAUUGUCAUGAAUUGAAUGUCCACUCAAUUGUUUCGUCAAAUCAUUCAAUUGAUUGCAAACUAAACCCAAAAGUAGUGCAAAACACGUGACAAAUGGUUGUCAAACACUGUGUCUAUAAGGACUGCGAAAGCGAUUCCCGCUAUUGGGACAGGGAUUACAUGAAAGGCGUGUGUUUCAUCCGAUUCCCAAAUCCGGUGACACAUCGCGAGAGGUGCGAGAAGUGGGUGAAGGCCUGCGACCGACCCCUUGAGCUCACCAUCGAUUGUGUCACCGAUAAGACCUACAUCUGUUCCAAACACUUCCUCGGGGGUAACGGUCCCACCAAACAGAGUGCCGAUCCCUUGCCUCUCAAACAGCUCUUGGCGGCCAAUCAGUUGUCAAAUGCGAGCCAAUCGUAUGACACGACACCGGAAGCCGAAGAGCGAAACGUGCCACAAAACGCCGAUAACCACAACACGAGUCAUCAUAAGCCGCAGGAAGUGAUCAACAAUUCUUUGCCACUCAUUAUCAUUCCGUCCGCCAAUCAGAUGAUUAGCUCAACAUUUUCGGUACCAUUUAUGUCGAUAAACGACGAGAAGAGUUGGUUCGCGAGAAUACUGGACAACGAGUUCUGCGCGAAGGCGUCGCUGCGCGGUCUGAGCGUCGGACGGGUGGGUCGGCAGCGGUUGGCGUUGAGCGCCAUCAGGGGAUCGGUGGUCGAGAAGCAGCUGAUUGUGGACGCGAGCGGCCAUUUCGACUGCAAAGUGUUCGGCCAAUCGAUUAGCGCUAAAAACGGUUUCUACGGUCAGGUGCCGGCGCUGGUGGCCAAUGAGCGCGAGUUCAACGCCGUGAUCGAGUUGUUCGGCAAAUGGCGCGUCUGCGCGGCCAAUGAGGUGACGGACGGCCGCGUGUUUGAGGACAAAGUGAUAGCCAUCAGGGCUUUCGUGUGUAACAUAACGAAUAGCAUUCGGAGUCGAAAUUGUGACCUAUUUUUGCCCGAUUUGGGUGCCAUUCGGUGCAAGUCGUGUCGGAUACUACUCAAUAGGAUCCGCAAGUUUAGGGCCAAUACGAGCGCACAAUCGGUUGUCCAGUGAUUGUCGGCGUAAAUAGUUUUGUAUUUUGUUGUAAAUUUGUGAAUAAAAGUGAUUUUUGUAUUUUAUUUAAUAA